GUUCUACCGAGACUCCAGAAGAAGGGAGCACUCCAACGAUCUCCAAUUUGGGCUUCAAAGAAGCGGAUUAGGCGUUCUACGGUGACGAAUGGCUCCGCCAGCUGAGAAGCCCGAUUAUUCGUCGUUCAACAAUUGGCUUUUCAAAUCGGAAGGUGCUUCUCGAAUCGAGAAGGGCUACGAUUUCAAGUUCUCGAUCGAGGAUUUGGAAGCUUGCAAGGAUCAAACGACCUCUUGGGAUGGCGUACGAAACUAUGAGGCUCGCAAUUUCAUGAAGGACUACAUGAAAGUCGGGGACGAGGCUUUUUUCUAUCACAGCAACGUCAAAAUUCCGGGAAUCGUCGGAUUGGUCGAAGUUACCAAAGAGAGCCAUCCCGACCCCACUCAGUUCGACAAGAAGAGUUACUACUACGAUGCGCGCGCAACUGUAGACAAUCCGAAGUGGUUUCUGGUGGACGUCAAACUGAAGCGGAAGCUCAAACGUUGCAUAAGUCUCGAAGAGCUCAAGCAUUGGCAGAAAGUCCACUCGAUGACCCAGGGUCCAUUGAGCGAGUUGCGUCUAAUCAAGCGGUCCCGUCUGAGCGUGAUUCCGAUAUCGAAAGAAGAAUGGGAUUUUAUCUGUUCACUCGAGGAUCAAGAAUCGGUUAUUGAUGGUUGAAUGAUUGUAAUCGAGCGGAACAGACGAGAUAAAACGUCAGAAAUACGGUUGCGGUACAUCCUCGAUGAGCGAGUUCAAUUGGAACAAAUAAAUCAUGAGAACAAUCGACUCCGAU